GAAGUCCCUUUUAAAAACCCUCGUCUUCGAUUAACUUGCCACAGCCAAAGGUUUGGUGAUAACAACACCAGCGAGCGACAGACUCCCCCAGAUCCAGGCCUCUGUGUGUCCGAGCCCGGUGUCCAGCCGUCGUGCGAAAUGUCCGGAGUGAAAAAGCUUCGUACGGAUCUCAACAGGUCAACCAACGUGGUGUACCAGGCCCACCAUGUCAGCCGGAGCAAGAGGGGGCAGGUCGUGGGCACCAGGGGAGGCUUCAGAGGCUGUACAAUCUGGCUCACCGGUUUGUCUGGUGCCGGGAAGACUACCAUCAGUUUUGCCCUGGAAGAGUACCUCGUGUCUCAUGCUAUUCCUUGCUACUCGCUGGAUGGAGACAACGUUCGCCAUGGCCUGAACAAGAAUCUGAGCUUCUCUGCCGAAGACCGCGAGGAGAACGUCCGUCGUAUUGCUGAGGUGGCCAAACUAUUUGCCGACGCCGGGCUGGUGUGCAUCACCAGUUUCAUUUCUCCUUUCAGCAAGGAUCGCGAGGAGGCGAGGAAGAUCCAUGCAAGUGCCGGGCUGCCAUUUUUUGAGGUUUUUGUCCACGCUCCUCUUGAGGUGUGUGAGAGCAGGGAUGUAAAAGGACUUUACAAGAAGGCCCGCGCUGGAGAGAUCAAAGGUUUCACUGGGAUUGACUCAAAUUAUGAGCGUCCUGAGGUUCCAGAUCUUGUACUGAAAACUGGAGAGCUCUCAGUGAGUGAAUGCCUCCACCAAGUGCUGGAGCUGCUCAGGGACCAGAAUAUUGUACCAGGCGAGAUCAUGGAGGAGCUGAAUGAACUAUUUGUUCCGGAGAACAAGCUGGAUCUUGCUGUGGCUGACGCAAACUUGCUUCCCACCAUCAGCAUCACCAAGUUGGAUCUACAGUGGGUGCAGGUUUUGGCGGAGGGCUGGGCUAGCCCUCUGAAGGGCUUCAUGAGAGAGAGAGAGUUCCUUCAGGUCUUACACUUUGGCAGCCUGCUGGAUGGUGGGGCCAUCAACUUGUCAGUUCCCAUCGUCCUGCCUGUCAGCACUGAGACUAAGCAGGAGCUGGACGGCUGUGCGGCUGUGGCUCUUGUGUACCAGGGUUCACGUGUGGCUGUUCUCAGGAACCCAGAGUUCUACGAAAACCGCAAAGAGGAACGUUGCGCCAGACAGUGGGGCACCACUUGUCCACAGCACCCUUACAUUAAGAUGGUUAUGGAGGGAGGUGAUUGGCUGGUGGGUGGUGACCUGGAGGUGCUGAAGCGAAUCAAGUGGAACGAUGGACUUGACCAGUACCGCCUUACUCCACAGGAGCUCCAGCAGAAGUUCAAAGACAUGAAAGCAGAUGCAAUAUUCGCAUUCCAGCUGCGUAACCCGGUCCACAAUGGUCACGCCCUGCUGAUGCAAGACACCAAGCGCCGUCUUUUGGAGCGGGGCUACAAAAAUCCAGUCCUCCUACUGCACCCACUCGGCGGCUGGACCAAAGAUGACGAUGUGCCUCUGCAGUGGCGGAUGAAGCAGCAUGCUGCCGUCUUGGAGGAAGGCAUCCUGGACCCAGCCAGCACCAUUGUCGCCAUCUUCCCCUCUCCGAUGAUGUACGCUGGACCCACAGAGGUUCAGUGGCACUGUAGAGCCAGAAUGAUCGCCGGAGCAAACUUCUACAUUGUUGGCCGGGACCCAGCAGGUAUGCCACACCCUGAGACUAAAAAGGACCUGUAUGAACCCACCCACGGAGGCAAGGUCCUCACCAUGGCCCCAGGCCUCACCUCUGUGGAGAUCAUCCCCUUCAGGGUAGCUGCCUACAACAAGACUAAGAAGGCUAUGGACUUUUAUGACCCAGAGCGACAUGCUGAUUUUGAGUUCAUCUCUGGAACCAAGAUGAGGAACAUGGCUCGCAGCGGAGAGAACCCUCCAGAUGGAUUCAUGGGCAUGAAGGCCUGGAAGGUGUUGGUUGAGUACUACACCUCUCUCAAGAAGGACAAGUAAUCAACACAGCGCUCAGCUCACCAAUCAACAGCACACUAUAAAAAGAUUACAGUCAGUUCUUAAAGGGGGUAUUUUAGAUCGGGUCUAGUUUUUUGCAUUUAGAAUGAUGAAUUUAGUUUUCUAAAUUCUGGCAGGGGUGGGUUUUGUACAAGUCUUCAUCAAAUCAAAAUGACUUGUCUUAAGCAGUUUAAUCAGUACAUUUUUACAUUUCUAUAAAACCAUGUGAUUUAUAAAUCCAUUGUAUGUUUAUAUGCAUAUUAACUUAAGCUAUAUAUUUUAAUAAAUUAAUGGUUACUUGAGAUUCUUAUUUUGUUUGUUUUUUUGAGUUUAGGAGCACAUACCAAGACAGGGAAAUCAUUUUUCAUAUUUACAUGUAAUUAUCUGAAGGAUUUUUACAGCAUUUUAUGCCAAUUAUAUCACUGUCUGUCAAGUUGUUUGUAUGACCUGAAUGAAAGUCACUUUCAGUUUUAUCACUACCUACAGUGCCUUUUUAUUUUACAUGGAUGGAUGUUGAUUGAUUAAUAAAUUAAUGUUUCACAUUCUUGUGAAAUGCAGCACAGAUUUUUUUUUUAAUAAUGUGAAAGUGCCUUUCUCUCAAAAGUCAGCAUUAUAAAACAGCUGUUGUUUAAAUCUCUUGCUGGCAUUUGCCUGAAAUGUCUCUGAGAUUUGUGUGAUUUUAUAAAAUGGGCGUGUGCAUUCAUGUAAUAAAGACCUGCAGUUUUGUGAAGGCAAAAAAUGUCAAAUGCAGUAAUAAAGGAUCUUAUUUGUUAUUAUGAA